AUGGAAAAUGAAUUAUUUAGGAGUGAAGUUGAAUGUAAAAGAGAGCCUGAAGAAAUUGAUUUUUCUGAUGAGGAGAAGAAUGAACAGGGCAAAAUAUCAUAUUGUGAUAUCUGUGGUAACUUAACUAAACACAAACUUGUUCAUACUGAAGAAAAGCUAUAUCAUUGUGAUAUCUGUGGAAAGAAGCCAUAUGGCUGUGAUAUUUGUGGUGAAUCAUUCUCCGGAAAUAGUGACGUAACUAUUCACGAAUGUAUUCAUACAGGCGAGAAGCCAUAUCAGUGUGAUAUCUGUGUUCAGCCUCCGGCAGGCGAAGAGAGUGGACUUCAAGUGCAAAUGUAG